CGGGUCCCCAGAGCUGCCCUGCACCCCCAGGCUGCGUGGGGUGGGGGUCCCCGAGGGCCGUGCCCCCUCCUUCUGCGGGGCGGUGCGGGGCCGGUCCCCCGCCCUGAGCGCGCUCCGUUCCCGUUCCAGGCGCUCAUUCCCGGUCAUGGAGCCCAAGCAGGCGGACGUGUCCAUCCCACUGCAGUCCUCCGGGUGGGGGACGGCCGCCCCCGGCCUCCGCUCUGACCCGCAGCCCCGGGACUACGUGCUCUGGUCGGUGUUCAAUGUGCUGCUGUGCUGCGCGCUGGGCGGGCUGGGCUGCCUCGGCUUGCCCCCGCUCGUCUUCUCCAUCAAGGCCCGUGACUGUAAGGUGCUGGGGGACCUGGAAGGUGCCCGGCGUCACAGCGACCGCGCCAGGGUGGCGAACAUCGUCUGCUCCGUGGUGGUCGCCGUCGCCUUGGUGAUCUUCAUCAUCAUCGCCGCCAUCGCCAUAUCCACACUCAGGGCCAGCUGACCAGCGCCUGGCCCCACCAGCCGGGUGCUCCCCCCUCCUCCUGCCCCCAAAAUGUGCCCGGGAGGGGCGCGGGGGCGAAGGGAGUGAGCCCGGUCCCCCCGCUGCCCGCAGCGCCCGUGUCCCCGCGCGGCCCCGGGAGGGGACGGGGCGGCCAGGCUGGGGCGUGGGGACAGGGGACAGCCCCCACCCCCCUUUGCUCUGCUCACACGCCUCUGGCACCUGUGACACACCUGUCCGUCACCGCUGCCACCAAUGAAGCUCGUCCCGCCAAAGCCCCUCGCUGUCACCUCAUUCACGGCGGGAUGUCGCAGAGAGUCCUCGGGAAUCUUUGUGGCGUCCUCCUCCUCCUCUUCCUCCUGCUCCUCUCCCUGCCUCCAUCCUGCCGCGGAGCAGGGCGCUUCCAGCCCAAAUCCCAGGGAAGUUUCUUCCCAACAUCUUGGAUAUU